ACGGCCCAUCUGCCCCUCCUUUCCUCCAUCCUCCUCUCCUCUCUGUUCCCCUUUAUUUCCACUCCCCACCCGCGUAGCUUUGCUCUCCCUCUCUCUCCCCCUUGGCUUGUCUGUAUUUGGAGCUCCCGGAAGCCGCUGGCGACUCUCCCCAGAAGCAGCGUGACUGACACCGACUCCCAUCCAGGGGGAGGGGGAGGAGGGGAGGAGGACUAGCGGGAGGAGGUUUCGAGUGGCGGAACACGGAUUUGCAUCGCCGAGGACAAGACCCCAGGGCACCCAAGCAGAAUGGCAGAGCUGCAGGGCCUGGUGGAAAGACUGGAACAGGCCGUCAGCCGACUGGAGUUGCUGUCUGAGGUGUCACACCGACCUCCUGAGAACUGUGGGGAACUUAAUGGUGUCAAUGGAGGUGUGGCACCCUCAGUGGAAGCCUUUGAUAAACUGAUGAACAACAUGGUGGCCGAGUUUUUAAAGAAGAGUAAGAUCCUUGCUGGUGAUGUGGAGACUCAUGCAGAAAUGGUGCAUAGUGCUUUCCAGGCCCAGCGGGCUUUCCUUCUGAUGGCUUCUCAGUACCAGCAACCCCAAGAGAAUGACGUGACUGCACUUCUGAAACCAAUAUCGGAAAAGAUCCAGGAAAUCCAAACUUUCAGAGAGAAGAACCGAGGCAGCACAAUGUUUAACCAUCUCUCAGCCGUCAGUGAAAGCAUCCCGGCCCUUGGGUGGAUAGCUGUGUCCCCCAAACCCGGUCCUUAUGUCAAGGAGAUGAAUGAUGCUGCCACCUUUUACACUAACAGGGUUUUAAAGGACUACAAACACAGCGAUUUACGCCAUGUGGAUUGGGUGAAGUCAUAUUUGAACAUUUGGAGUGAGCUUCAAGCAUACAUCAAGGAACACCACACCACAGGCCUUACUUGGAGCAAAACAGGCCCAGUAGCAUCGAUUGCAUCCACAUUGUCUGCCCUCUCCCCUGGGCCUGGCCUUCCUCCACCCCCUCCUCCUCCACCUCCUCCAGGGCCACCUCCACUUUUUGAAAAUGAAAGCAGAAAAGAAGAGUCCUCUCCUUUACGUUCAGCUUUAUUUGCACAACUUAACCAAGGGGAGGCGAUUACAAAAGGGCUCCGGCACGUCACAGAUGCCCAGAAGACAUACAAGAAUCCUGGCCUGCGAGCUCAAGGAGGACAAACUCCAUCUCCCACCAAAAGCCACACUCCAGGCCCCAAAGCUCCCCAAUCAGAGCCUCUUCAGAAACAUGCUCCUGUGUUCGAGUUGGAAGGAAAGAAGUGGAGAGUAGAGUACCAAGAGGACAGAAAUGACCUUGUGAUUUCAGAGACCGAACUGAAACAAGUGGCUUAUAUUUUCAAAUGCAACAAGUCUACCCUACAGAUGAAAGGGAAAAUAAAUUCCAUUACAAUUGACAACUGUAAGAAGUUUGCUCUGGUGUUUGACAAUGUGGUGGGCAUUGUGGAAGUGAUCAACUCUAAGGACAUACAGAUGCAGGUCAUGGGAAAAGUGCCGACAAUUUCCAUUAAUAAGACAGAAGGCUGCCACGUAUACCUCAGUGAAGAUGCGUUAGACUGCGAGAUAGUGAGUGCCAAGUCCUCUGAAAUGAACAUACUUAUCCCUCAGGAUGGCGAUUAUAGAGAAUUUCCUGUUCCUGAACAGUUCAAAACAACAUGGGAUGGAUCCAAGUUGGUCACUGAACCUGCAGAAAUUAUGGCCUAACCUCCAGAAAGAACAGACUCCCUGAUCUGAAUCUCCCAAUUAAAAAAAAAAAGCAGCAUUAAAGACCGAGAAGUUGCAGUAGCAACUGCUAGGUGUGGCCUCCAACAAUUCUGUGCUAUAGAAACAGCAUCAUUUCUGGCAUGCCUUCAUGGGCACUUUGAAAUAGUUAACAUUUCUUCAUGAUUUGCCUUUGUGUGUGGUUUGAGUUCCACAUGCUAACUCAUGAGCAUUAUGCAUUUAAAGGGAAAAAAGAAUUCUGUUUUCCUCUUAUCAUUAACACAGUAGACGAUAGGUAAAAAUAUUGCAUGAUUCAUUUUUGCACUUAUGUUUAAUUGAUAUCUGGAAAAUAAAACCUUUGAGAAUCUAAGGUGUACAUUUUUAACUUUUACACAAUUUCAAUAUGCUGUAGUGGUAGUAUGCUCUGAAAAAAUCUGCUUUUUAUUUUCUUACUUUCACAUGUUCACCUUUAUCAGUGUGGCUACACUGUCAGCAUGAAUACAUAUUUCAACCCAUGUUUUGACAAAACAGAAGAAAAUUCCAUACUAAGGACAAUAUCCAGUUUCUUGGUCCCUAGAAAACCUUCAUUCUUUACAGUUUCUAAAACCCAAAGUAAAUGCUAACAAUUUCUCAUAAACAUUUUUCUGCCUUGUCACCUGGGAAACUUUUAUUUUUCUGCAUAAAGAUUUUCAUGCCAAAACAUAGGUGGGAGGAAGCAGAUAUAAUACCUCACAGUUUUGCUCUAAGAUCAAGCUCAAGUUUUGUUUACCAAUUUUGAACUUGUUAAAUAUCAGAUGCCUUGUAAGUGAUGUCUUUAGUGUUUUCUUAGAGACCACCUUCUUCUUUUCCACUUGCCAGAGUUGCUAAGCAGUCUCAAAGAUGAACAUGAAAAAGCCAUAAAUGUAUUACUUCUUACAAAACCCAAGGAAUUGUUUGUUGGUUUGGCCUGCUGCUCCUGUUUUGUAGUAUUGAUAGUACAUGCUUUUCAACAUAAUAUGAUACUCCUUUGUAUCUUUUUAGAAUAUAGUGCUGAAAAUCUGCAACUUCUUGGAUCACGUGUAAUAAACUAUAGUAUAAUGCUUGCAGACCCAAUACAAGCAUAUAUAUUGUGCCUAUUACAGCCUUUGGAAUAUAUCAUUUCUGUCUUUUUAAGUAUCUUCUAUAUCCAUAUAGGACUAAAAUUACUAAAUACUCAUGUAUCAAGGUUUUGCAAUAAAAGUUUUGUCCAUAUAAAUAAUGUUGUGGCUUUAGUAAAUAUCUUUUUUUUUCAACUGUAAACCUAUUCUAAAAUAAAGUAAAAUUCUGAUUGUUUAAGUGCUGUGUUGAAUUCUGGGUAUUAAAGCUCUUUUUUUCUA